CGUGCGACCUCGCCGCGCGCUUUUUACGCACAGACAAGUGCACGCAUAGUAGCAAGGCUAUAUGCUAAAUUAGCUCGAGCGGCGGCCUUGCACAUUUUUUUUCACUUUGGCCCGAGAUAAAACUAGCGCUUCGUGCAACAAAAAGUUGGCUUGUCUGUCGUUUCUGGUAAAGAGAAGUGCUAUUUGGCCCAACGACAGCGCAGUGAUCAGCAUCCAACUUCAAAAUGGGCAAAAAAUCUCGUGAUGAGGAGUCUUCGUCCUCUGAUGAGGAGGAAUAUGUUGUAGAGAAGGUGCUGGACAGGAGGGUGGUGAAAGGCCGGGUAGAGUUCUUCCUGAAGUGGAAGGGCUACUCCGAUAAGCACAACACAUGGGAACCAGAGAAAAAUCUUGACUGCCCUGAGCUUAUUUCUGAGUUUAUGAAAACUUACAAGAAAAGCAGUGGUGGAAGCUCCACACCUACCAGUGGAGCUAGCAAAUCAAGUGCGGGCCCCAUGGGACGUUCCAAAGACGUUUCAAAGAAGAGAAGCUCUGAUGAUGAUGAAGAGGGUGGUAGUAAGCCUAAAAAGAAAAAAGAGGAUGAUAUUCUAGUUGCACGUGGCUUUGAGAGGGGACUUGAACCAGAGAAGAUUAUUGGUGCCACCGACUCAUGUGGAGACCUUAUGUUUCUUAUGAAAUGGAAGGACUCUGAUGAGGCUGAUCUUGUGCUUGCCAAGGAGGCUAAUCAUAAGUGCCCACAGAUUGUCAUAGCCUUCUAUGAGGAACGUCUCACCUGGCAUGAAGAUGGUGACAAGAAGGAGAAGGACGCUGUCAGUGCGUAGGUGUAGGGAGGAAACAAGACCUUCUCCACUGCAGGGACAACCUCGAGUCAGACAUUUUUCACACCUAAACUUCCCAUACUUUUUUUUCCUUUACCUUGUCCAACAACAACACAUAAAGAUGGAGGACAGCUUGUUCUCUCAAUUCAUGCCACAUUGGACUACAAGGGCCCAGUCAUCAGAAGGAAACGUGAUGAUAAUAGAGGGAGAAGCUGUGGUGGAUGUAGGUGAUGUGCUACUGGGGAGGGGUCCUGCUCUUCUCUUCUUCUUUUCUGUACUUUUUUUAUUAUUGUUAUUUUUAAUUGCCUAUAUAUGUGAUGCUUUAAUGCUAUCAUGAAUCGAUUAUGUCAGUUAGGAAUUUUCCAUCGACAGGCACACAUUGCCAUCUUUUAAAACACGGAAUCAAAUUUUAUUGGUGAAAUCAGUGUUAAUCGUGAGUCAGUACAACAGCAAGGUGCACCAUCCCUAUCCAGUAGUCAUUCUCAGCAGUGCACGUCUUUGUUUUAAGAACCCAUCAACAUCACUGCGAGAGUACUGCCCUUCAGGAAGCAAUCACAAUACUUACCUGAUUGCAUAAUCCCUGCCCUUUUAAAGAUUUUUUUAAAAUCUUUUUAGUUUUGUGUUGUCAGUUUGUCCUGUUUACCAGGAUAUAACUCAAUUUGAAAAGGACACUGGCCCAUUGAUUCUAAAUGUAGUGAUAAUAUACUCGGUUUUUUUUUUGUUUUUUUUAACUUGUUUUCUAAGUUUAGUCGUGAGAUUUUCUGUCGUGCUUUUAAUCUGUUUCAACUAUGACCUGUUCAGAAAAGGACAAUAAAGCAGUUUUUUUCUCAGUUUUUUUUCUAAACUGUAUUUCUUCCUUUGGACCAAAACUGAGACAUGUUGGUAGGUUAGACAAUCUUCACCAUGUUACUGCAUCCUUCGAACAGGAGUACAAAACCAGCAACUCAUUGGCCUUUAGGGCCUGCCUCCUGGUGGUUAAAAAUGGUACGUCAGACUUGUGGGGGAGGGGGGAGCUCUCUGGCACUCAUUAUGACCCUGCAUUUUUAAUGUGAUUGAUCUCUAAUUGGUUAAGUUAUGAUCAUUAUUUUUAUGCUGUUAAGAGUUUGCAGCCACUUAACCAUUUGAGUAUUUGUUGUACAUCAUUGUAGUGUUAAUAUGAAAAAUUAAAAGCAGUUUCUGGUCGGAUUUUAAUGCAUUUCCUGGGUUUUAUUCUGAUGACAAACUGGUACGCAUAUAUAUUUUUAUUGGCAUGUUAAAAUCCGGUGCCAUAUUGCUGACUGAGAAGUAGCUGUAAGUUCUUGCACAUUAAAUCACUUAAAAUUUGUUCUUUAUAUGUGGUGUGAUCAAACGUACACUUAAACCAAAUACAUUUCAGAUCGAUAA